ACCUCAGGCGGCCUAGAUGUCUGAGGCGGAUUCAUUUGUGUUCUUUGGUCCUGGACUCCUUCACUCCAAACAAAUCCCAGAGAAAGGACCCCAGUUACAUCUGUCCUGCCCUGGGGGAGAGCAUGGAUUUGGCCUCAGGCGUCCAACAGCCACUUCUUCUGCUGCUCCUGCAGCUUGCCCUUGUUUGCUUUGCACAAAGGAACCAAGGACCUGUUGGCCCAUCCGGACCUGCAGGUGUCCCAGGAACUGAUGGCAUUGAUGGGGAAAGGGGAGAUGACGGCGAGGACGGUCUUCCCGGACCUGAUGGAGAUGUAGGAAGACCUGGCUCUUCAGGAUUACCAGGAAUGCCUGGAAAUGAUGGUUCGAUCGGCCCUAUUGGAGACGUCGGGCCCGACGGCCCCCCGGGAAAGAAAGGUGAACCUGGAAAACCUGGACCGCGGGGAAGAAGUGGCGUUGGGCAAAAUGGACCCCCUGGGCCACCUGGACCUGGAGGACUUCUGGGUGAAGUGGGAAAAGUAGGACCACCUGGCGACAUAGGUGUGAGGGGGCCACAGGGACCUCAUGGACCAACAGGGCCGAGGGGUGCAUCUGGAAUCCUGGGCAGUACUGAUCUGUGUCCUAACUCCUGUCCACCCGGCACCCCUGGUCAUCCUGGCCUUCCUGGCAUGAAGGGGCACAAAGGGGCAAAAGGUGAAGCAGGAGAACCCGGAAAACAAGGACACAAGGGGGAGGAAGGAGACCAAGGAAGCCCAGGAGAGGUCGGAUCCCAAGGCUCAAAGGGCCCUCAGGGAAUUCAUGGAGCCACAGGGAUAAUGGGCCCUAAGGGAGAAAUGGGACCUCGAGGCCCUGAUGGAGAUCCAGGUCCUCAGGGUGUUUCAGGUGCAGCUGGGGAUCAAGGCCAGAGAGGUGUGAUGGGUGAGCCUGGACCCAAAGGAGAAAUGGGUAGCCAAGGACCGAGAGGAGCAACAGGUCUUCCAGGUCCCAAAGGGGAGGUUGGCCUAUCAGGUGUGGAUGGUCGGGAGGGUAUUCCUGGGUUGCCAGGAGCAAAAGGAAGUGUUGGGGUGCCUGGGGUUCCUGGAGAAGUUGGGCUACUGGGACUCCCUGGGUUGCCUGGUGUACCUGGACCGAAAGGCUCGAGUGGCCCUAAGGGAGAUGUAGGUAAAACAGGCCUCCCUGGAACAAUAGGUUUUGCAGGCAAACCAGGAGAGCAGGGACAAAAUGGAGAGGUGGGACCAGUUGGACCCAUCGGGGAUCCCGGAGAUGUCGGAGAACAAGGCCGUACAGGUCAACCUGGCAAACCAGGUGCCAGGGGGCCUAAAGGUGACCCUGGCCUUCCUGGUUUUCCUGGACCUCCUGGCCUGCCUGGUGUGAAAGGAGAGAGGGGAGAUCCUGGAGAAACAGGACCCAAAGGAGAACAGGGAGUACAAGGUGAUGAGGGAAACCCUGGAGACAAAGGGGAUGUUGGUGACCAAGGAGAACCUGGAGCCAAAGGCGAGCUUGGCAGCCCUGGUGAGCCUGGCAGAAGAGGGCCUGAGGGAAGUCGAGGUCAACCUGGCAUUGAGGGACCACCUGGUUCACCUGGACCACGAGGUCUGCAGGGGAACAGAGGUCUACCUGGUGCCAGAGGGUCUCAGGGUCCUGCGGGUAAAGAACCAAGCGAUCAGCACAUCAAACACGUUUGCAUGCGAGUCAUGCAAGAGCAGCUGGCCCAGUUAGCUGCAAGCUUAAGGAGGCCAGAGACCGGUGUAGCUGGUUUACCUGGCAAACCUGGAUCCCCAGGGCCUCCUGGACCUCCUGGAGACAGCGGCUUUCCUGGGCAGGCUGGUGCAAGAGGCCUUCCAGGACUCAAAGGGCCACCGGGGCCGAUGGGAGUUAAAGGACUUAAAGGUGAGACUGGUGACAGGGGCUCCAGGGGGCCAACUGCGCGAGGACCAAAAGGACAGCCAGGACCUCCUGGACUACCUGGUGAACCAGGUUUACCCGGAUAUGGUCAGGACGGACGCGAUGGACAGAAGGGCCCUCCUGGCAUUCCAGGGCAGCCUGGUGUUCCAGGUCCUCCCGGCCCAGCUGGUCUUAAUGGUUACUGCGACCCGUCCACCUGUAACCUCGCAGCUGGCGCCGCCCACCAGUCUCUGGAUGUGAAGGGACCUGCAGGAAACUAAAGAAGCAUUCUGGCAGAGUCAUAAAGACUCCGGUUAUCUCCACAGAGCACAUAACAUUUUUCACACCGUGUUCUCAGGGGCGACGGUUUGUUGCGCCUUCAAUCCAUUAACCUCCAGUUUUAGCAGCGUGUUCCGUGCCAAUUGCGUCUCCAGCAGAAAGCGUCUGCCUCCUCAAAGAAAACAAACAAACCGCAAAACAAUGCUUUUAUGUGC